UUUCUUCCAUAUACUAUCAUGUUGCCUGUACAAAAAAAAUCUGGGUCUAAUCCCAGUGAAAUAAAUAAAGCAAUUAGGCUCUUUUCAGAUGAUAUUGCUCUUCUAGAUGCCUAUUAUCCCAAGAAGAUUUAUUCAAAAUAUAUAAUCCGAGUAUCAGAAAAGGGUUUUAUAGUUGUUGAUCAUCCAUCCGAAGUUUAUGAGAUACCUGAUGCUUAUGAAUGUAUCGAUGGGAGUCUGCCUCUUCGCCUAGUUCUGGACAUCGACAUGAGGCAAAAAUCUGAUCCCAUAAAUUCCAAAUACUCUUUCUUAGAUGAAUAUAAAAUUUCUCGUAAAGAUUUAUUAUUCAGAAUCUUAAUUGCCUGUGCUGAUAUUAUAUACUUCGAUUUAAAACAUCUUAUAACUUUAAAUGCUUUUAUCUUAGCUAACCUUAGAGAAUUUGUGGAAAAAGUUGCUAAGAGAGUUGGAAAACCAUAUUCAAAAUUCAUUGACAUAGAUCUUUAUAAAUCUCACUUUAGCCUUCGUUUUCUUGG